CACCCGCCGGGCGAUGAACAUCGCGAGGAGAAGAGGAUUUUCUAGGCAAGAAGUGAACAAAACCGUGUGGGAGCUGCCCAGGAGAUACACGAACAUCCACCCCGUGGGCUCCGGGGCCUACGGCUCCGUGUGUUCAGCCAUAGACAAGAAGACAGGUGAAAAAGUGGCCAUCAAGAAGCUGUGUCGCCCCUUCCAGUCGGAGACCUUUGCCAAGAGGGCGUACAGGGAGCUCAUGCUGCUGAAGCACAUGCAGCAUGAAAACGUCAUUGGGCUGCUUGAUGUCUUCACAUCUGCCUCCUCCUACCAUGAAUUCCAGGACUUCUACCUGGUGAUGCCCUACAUGCGGACAGAUUUGCAAAAGAUCAUGGGCCAUGAAUUCAGUGAUGAAAAGAUCCAGUACCUGGUCUACCAAAUGCUGAAAGGGCUGAAGUACAUUCAUUCUGCUGGAAUCAUUCACCGGGACCUGAAGCCAGGAAAUCUGGCUGUGAAUGAAGAUUGUCAGCUAAAGAUUUUAGACUUUGGCUUGGCAAGGCACGCGGAUGCUGAAAUGACAGGCUACGUGGUGACGCGCUGGUACAGAGCACCAGAAGUCAUUCUCAACUGGAUGCAUUACAACCAGACAGUGGAUAUCUGGUCUAUUGGCUGUAUCAUGGCAGAAAUGCUGACCGGGAAACCGUUUUUUAAAGGAAAAGAUUACCUGGAUCAGCUGACUCAGAUCCUGAAAGUAACAGGGUAUCCUGGAGAAGAUUUUGUGGAGAAGCUGGAAGACAAAGCGGCUAAAAGUUAUAUCAAGUCGCUUCCAAAAAUUCCCAAGAAGGACUUGUCUGUGCUUUUCCCCAAAGCCAAUCCUCAGGCAGUGGACCUGCUCGACAAGAUGUUGCAGCUAGAUGUGGGGAAGCGCCUUACGGCCACGGAAGCUUUGGCUCACCCCUAUUUUGAUCAGUUCCGAGACAUUGAGGAGGAGACAGAAGCCCAACAGUCCUACGAUGAUUCUUUGGAACAUGAGAAACUUUCAAUAGACGAGUGGAGAAAGCACAUUUACAAGGAGAUCUUGUCCUUCAGUCCGAUUGCACGGAAGGACUCAAAGAGGCGAAGUGGAAUGUCAUUAUAGCAGUGAAGCAGCUGUGACUGGAAUACAUUUCUGGUGCUGGAUGACAGAUGGGAUUUGCACCGCACUGCCUUGCUCUUAGUCAUCU